CAUACCUGGUGCAUGGAAUAAUGUUCUUGAUCCUCCCAUAUCCCUAUAAAAAUCGAUCAUCUACAGCAAGUUUUACAGGCCAAAGACACAAUAGUAAACUUGAAUCCCUCUCUUAGAAAUAGUAGUGGUGGCAAUUAUGGGUGCUUAUAAUAGGCUGCUUGUGCAAGUCAUAUGGGGAGGCGUAAUAUUAUUAUCUGGAAUGGCAACUGCAACACUUGCAGCAGCAGAACCUAAUGGAUCAGCCCUCCCUAACUGCCCCAACCGGUGUGGAGAUGUUGAAAUUCCAUUUCCAUUCGGCAUAGCUCAUGGUUGUUACCUAAAUCAAAAUGACGACUUUUUCAUCAACUGUACCCAAUCGGCAGGCCGACACCAACCAAUGAUGGGAAACCUUGUUGUCCAGAACAUUUCCUUAGAAGGCCACCUUGACAUCUUGAUGUUCACUACCAGCAUUUGUUACAAUGAAUCGGGCAUGCGUUCGACAAACAUUUGGUGGUCCUCUCUGCAAAGCUCCUCCACUUACACGAUUUCUAGCACCCAAAACGUGUUCGUUGCUGUUGGCUGCGAUACAUAUGCAUACCUUCAUGGUAAGCAGAACAAUGGAAACUUUUCCAUGGGCUGCAUGUCCAUUUGCCAGAAUCAAAGGAAUGUUUUGAAUGAGACUUGCUCUGGAAUUGGUUGUUGCCAGGUAGACAUCCCGCGAAGAGUGAGCAAGAUGACUUUGGAAGUAAAUAGCUUCUAUAAUCACACAAAAGUAUUGAACUUCAAUCCCUGCAGCUAUGCUUUCGUUGUUAAGAAAAAACUCUUCAAUUUCUCCUCCGUUUAUAUUUCCAGUCUCCAAAUUAAUAUAACCAUUCCGAUGGUACUUGAUUGGACAAUCGGUAAGGAAAGGUGUAAGUAUGCUCAGCUCAAGUCUGAUUACAAAUGUGGAGGGAACAGCACAUGUGAUGAUCCUGAAAACGGCUAUGGUUACCGUUGCCAGUGCAAGAAGGGUUACGAGGGCAACCCCUACCUCCCACGUGCCUGCAAAGAUGUUAAUGAGUGCCUGAACCCAAAUCUCAAUAAUUGCACAUCACCAAAGAGAUGCAUUAACACAGAAGGGAAUUAUACAUGUUCUUGCCCCAAGUGGCACAGUGGGGACGGAAGAAAAGAUGGUGAAUCGUGCACUUUGAACCUCGGACUAGUGAACAAGACUGCCAUUGCUAGUGGUGUAGGCUUUAUAGUGCUUCUGGUCUCUAGCUCUUGGAUGUAUUUGAUAAUCAAGCAAAGAAAGCUAAUCAAGCUUAGAGAAAGAUUCUUUCGCCAAAAUGGUGGUGUGAUUUUAAGUCAACAACUCUCCGGACAAGAAAAUUCAGUUCAAAUAGCCAAAAUCUUUAGCGCAGAAGAGCUAAAAAAGGCUACCAACAAUUAUCAUGAGAAUUCAAUCAUUGGUGAAGGAGGGUUUGGGACAGUUUAUAAAGGUGUUUUAUCCGAUAAAAGAGAUGUGGCAAUCAAGAAGGCCAAACUUGUGGAUAAGAGCCAAAUUGAACAGUUCAUCAACGAGGUGCUUGUACUUUCUCAGAUUAACCAUAUAAAUGUUGUUAAACUCCUUGGUUGUUGUAUGGAGACAGAAGUCCCUUUACUAGUCUAUGAGUUCAUCUCCAAUGGCACGCUUUUCGAGCACAUCCAUCAUAAAAAUAGACCAUCACCAAUUUCAUGGGAGACUCGUCUUAAGAUUGCUGCAGAAACAGCAGAGGCAUUAUCUUAUCUGCACUCUGCAGCCUCUCCACCAAUAAUUCAUAGAGAUGUCAAGUCUUCAAACAUAUUACUAGAUGGUAAUUACACAGCUAAAGUGUCUGAUUUUGGAGCUUCAAGAUUGAUUCCAUUAGACCAAAUAGAAGUGGCUACGUUGGUACAAGGAACUCUUGGAUACUUGGACCCUGAAUAUUUGCAAACCAGCCAAUUGACUGUGAAAAGUGAUGUUUAUAGCUUUGGCAUCAUCCUGAUAGAGUUACUAACCGGAGAAAAGGCGCUUUCAUUUGAUAGGCCGGAGGAAGAAAGAAGUCUAGCUAUGUAUUUUCUUUCUACUAUUAAAGAGGAUAGACUAUUUGAAGUUCUUGAGCAGAAUCUAGGGACUGAAAGAAAUGAGAAGCAGCUGAAGGAAGUGGCUAAUCUUGCAAGGAGGUGCAUCAAAUUGAAAGGAGAAGAUAGGCCUACCAUGAAGGAAGUAGCCGCUGAACUGGAUGGUUUAAGAGAGAUUGACAAGCAUUCUUGGGUUAACGUUGGUUCCAAUUCAGAAGAGAAUGAGUACUUGCUGGGGGAGACAUCCGGUUCUUAUACAUAUGAUAUUACUGAUCUACCAUCUCUGGCAGCCACUUAUGAAUUAGCCCUCCCUAACUGCCCCGACCGGUGUGGAGAUGUUGACAUUCCAUUUCCAUUUGGCACAACUGAUGGUUGUUACCUAAAUCAAAAUGACGACUUUUUCAUCAACUGUACCCAAUCGGCAGGCCGAUCACAGCAACCAAUGACGGGAGACUUUGUUGUCCAGAACAUUUCCAUCCAAGGCCAGCUUGACAUCUUGAUGUUCACUGCCAACAUUUGUUACAGUGAGUCGGGCAUCCCUUUGGACGUAGACUUUUGGCUGUCCUCUCUGGAAAGCUCCUCCACUUUCACCAUUUCGAGCACCCAAAACGUGUUCACGGCAAUUGGCUGUGACACCUAUGCAUUCCUUAAUGGUGACCAGAACAAUGGAAACUUCUCCAUGGGCUGCAUGACGAUAUGUACUCAAAAUAAAAGCAAUGUUUUGGAUGGGACAUGCUCUGGAUUCGGUUGCUGCCAGGUAGAUAUCCCAGAAAGAGUAAGCAAUUUUAGUUUGGAAGUACAUAGCUUCAAUAAUCACACAAAAGUAUGGAGCUUCAAUCCAUGCAGCUAUGCCUUUGUGGUUAAAAAGGACAAGUUUAGUUUCUCCUCCGCUUAUCUUUCCAGUCCCCAGUAUAAUGAAACCCUUCCGAUGGUUCUUGAUUGGACAAUUGGUGAUAAAAGGUGUGAGAAUCCUGUGAACAAGUCGGAUUACAUAUGUGGAGGGAACAGCACAUGUUAUAGUCCUGCAAACGGGUAUGGGUAUCGUUGCGACUGUUAUGAGGGUUAUGAGGGGAACCCCUACCUCCCUACUGGUUGCAAAGAUGUUAACGAGUGUCUGGAUCCAAAUCUCAAUAAUUGCACAUCGCCAAAGAGAUGCAUUAACACAGAAGGGAAUUAUACAUGUUCUUGCCCCAAAUGGCACAGUGGAGACGGAAGAAAAGGUGGUGAAGGGUGCGCUUUGAAUCUCGGACCAGUGUACAAGAUCGCCAUUGUUGGUGGUGUAGGAUUUAUAGUUCUGCUGGUCUCUAGCUCUUGGAUGUAUUUGAUAAUCAAACAGAGGAAGCUAAUCAAGCUUAGAGAAAGUUUCUUUCGCAAAAAUGGGGGAGUACUUUUGUCUCAACAACUCUCCAAACGAGAAAAUUCAGUUGAAACAGCAAAAAUUUUCGGCACAGAAGAACUAGAAAAGGCUACCAACAAUUAUGAUGAGAAUUUAAUCAUUGGCCAAGGAGGAUUUGGAACCGUUUAUCAAGGAUUUUUAUCAGAUAGUAGAGUUGUGGCAAUCAAGAAGUCGAAAAUUGUGGACCAGAGCCAAAUUGAGCAGUUCAUCAAUGAGGUGCUUGUACUUUCCCAGAUAAACCAUAGAAAUGUGGUUAAACUCCUUGGCUGUUGUUUGGAGACAGAAGUUCCUUUACUAGUCUACGAGUUUGUCCCCAAUGGCACACUCUUCGAGCACAUACAUUAUAAGAUUAGUAGGCCAUCUGCAAUUUCAUGGGACACUCGUCUUAAGAUAGCAUCAGAAACAGCAGGAGCACUUUCUUAUCUACACUCUGCAGCCUCUCCGCCUAUAAUUCAUAGAGAUGUCAAGUCUUCAAACAUACUACUAGAUGGUAAUUACACUGCUAAAGUGUCCGAUUUUGGAGCUUCAAGAUUGAUUCCACUAGACCAAACAAAUGUUGCCACAAUGGUGCAAGGAACUCUUGGAUAUUUAGAUCAUGAAUACUUACACACUAGUCAAUUGACUGAGAAAAGUGAUGUUUAUAGCUUUGGAGUCGUCCUAAUAGAGUUGCUAACAGGGGAAAAGGCACUUUCAUUUGUUAGGCCUGAAGAGUUGAGAAGUUUGGCAGUGUAUUUUCUUUCUGCUUUUGAAGAAGAUAGAUUGUUUGAAGUUCUUGAGAAGAAUCUAGAUUUAGGGAAUGUAGGAAAUGAGAAGCAAUUGAAGGAAGUAGCUAAUCUUGCGAGAAGGUGUGUUAACGUGAAAGGGGAAGAUAGGCCUACAAUAAAGGAAGUAGUGACAGAGUUGGACGGUUUAAGAAGGACUGAGAAGCAUUCUUGGGUUAACGUUGAUGCCAUGUUAGAAGAGACUGAAUACUUGCUGGGGGAGACAUCUGAUUCUUAUAAAUAUGAUGCUAUGAUUAAAAAAACUGUUGUAUAUGAUAGCAUCAAGGACCAUACAAUAGAAGCCUUUGAUGAUGGGAGAUAA